AUGUCAGUGUUGAGAGUCGCUGACGCAUGCGUAUUACAGGCACGCUAGUGGAUCCUGUUUGUCUUCAGCCCUACGCAUCCAGCACGGACCAUAGCCUACGCGAAGAACUAUCACCGAAUUCAAAUACAUGAUCCUCGCUUAAUCACUCCAGCUCUCGCCAGCAACCGGGCUGGAUAACGACGAGCAAUUGAAAUACUUCGGAAUUUAGUGAAAACAGUGAACUGAGCACUGGAGAUUGGAGCAAAUCACGACAGUUUUUGUUAUUUUUUGGAUAAAUUUCCUCCUCGCGUGUGAGGAUGAGGUUGACCAGCAGCAGACGGUGCUCAACAGUGGAUGGGGACGGAAAGGAGCUGGCUCCUCCGUUUAGAAACCCCUUUGUGCAUGACUUGCGGUUCACCCCCAUGCAGAAAGCCAAGAUUGCCGUCAUGUCCGUGACGCUCUUCCCCAUCCGCCUUUUCUUCGCUGCGUUUAUGAUGCUGCUGGCCUGGCCCUUCGCCUUCGUGGCCACCGUGGGGCGCUCCGACCAGGUCGUGGAGCCACUCUGCUGGUGGAGAAGGUUGGUGGACCUGGCGCUCAAAGCGAUAAUGCGGGCGAUGUGGUUCGCUGGCGGCUUCCACUGGGUCACGGUGAAGGGGCGGCAGGCCCCGCCCAGCGAGGCGCCCAUCCUCACCCUGGCGCCGCACUCCUCCUACUUCGACGCCAUUCCCGUCACCAUGACCAUGGCGUCCAUCGUAAUGAAGGCGGAGAGCAAGGAUAUUCCAGUCUGGGGCACCCUGAUCAAGUUCAUCCGGCCCGUGUUUGUCUCGCGGUCGGACCAGGACUCCCGCAGGAAGACCGUGGAGGAGAUCAAGAGGCGGGCUCAUUCGGGAGGGGAGUGGCCACAGAUAAUGAUAUUCCCAGAGGGGACGUGCACCAACAGAUCCUGUCUGAUCACAUUUAAGCCUGGAGCCUUCAUCCCUGCAGUGCCCGUGCAGCCCGUGGUGCUUCGCUACCCCAACGAAAUGGAUACGAUCACGUGGACGUGGCAAGGCCCUGGAGCGUUCAAAAUAUUGUGGCUCACACUUUGCCAGCUUCACAACGUGGUGGAAAUUGAGUUCCUGCCCAUCUACACUCCCUCUGAAGAGGAGAAAAAGAAUCCUGCUCUGUUUGCCAACAAUGUCAGGCGCCUAAUGGCCAAGGCUCUGGAGGUUCCUGUCACAGAUUACUCGUUUGAGGACUGCCAGCUCGCCAUGGCCGAGGGCCAGCUGCGCCUGCCCGUCGACACGUGUCUGCUGGAGUUCGCCCGGCUCGUCCGGAGGCUCGGUUUGAAACCCAGGAAGAGCGAGGAGGUCCUCUGGGAGUACGGCGGCCGGGCCAGGAAGGUGCGGGGCGAGAGGCUGACCCUGGAUGACUUCGCGCAGUACCUGAAUCUGGCGGUGUCCGACACUCUCAGGGACAUGUUCUCCCUCUUCGACGAGCACGAGGACGGGACGAUGGACAUCAGAGAGUACGUGAUCGCCUUGUCUGUUGUGUGCAGGCCAUCGAAAACUCUGGAAACAAUAAAACUAGCCUUCACGAUGUUCGAGGCGGAGGAGGACGGCGCCAUCGUGGAGGACGAGCUGGCCUGCAUACUGAAGACGGCCCUCGGGGUGCCGGACCUGAACGUAACGGACCUCUUCAGCGCCGUCGACGUCCAGGACACGGGGAAGAUCACCUUCGAGGAGUUCCGAAGCUUCGCGGAGCAGAACCCGGACUUUGCGGGGGAGUUCCUGCACCCCCACCAGUCAGGCUUCCAGAACGGCGGGGACACCCCCUCCCCCACCGCCCUGUGCAACGGGUUCUGCACGGACUUCACCCCCGACGAGCACGCCGGCGCCGGGGACGGCUCGCGCAAGAAAGUGGACUGAGCGGCCGGCGGCCAGGGCGAGCCGAGGCGGCCCCCGCCGGGGAAGGUGCGCCGUGCUGGACAGCCCGACGAAUCGGGAUCACGACCCCCCCCCCCCCCCCUCCAUCCACCAACACCCACCGCCCACCGCCACCACAUCCCCAGCUCCUCCACCAAUACUAUUUAUUACUUUUUUAAUGUUCUGUAUUCUUCUCUUUUGCUUUUGAAAGUCUGUCUGUCUAAGAAUGUGCUACUUGCAGUGCCGUUCUUGAGGCAACACCAAAUGCUUUUUACAUUUCAUUGUCGCUUUUUUCUUGUGUUGGUGAAGGUGGAACAUGCAGGCUUCAUGUUUGAACCCAAGCAAUCGAACCCCACUCCGCUCGCGUUAGCUCACGACAUUCUCACCGCCGAUGCCUCGGCGCGACAUCUUCUAGAACCUUCCUUGGAGAACGGAAAGGAGCGUUGGCGUAGGAUGCUUUUGAAACGUGGUUAGAGCGGCAUUGGGGAAUACCAAAUGCGUCUGGCUGAACCGGGCAUAACCCCCUGGCGGUUUGUCUGUACACUUCAGCACAAGGUCAGGUGUUGGCCUGGUUGGGCUGAAUUUGAGAUGAGCUCAGGGGAUCAUUAAUGAGCCAUGAUAUUGCUUUGAUAAAUUCACACUCCGUGAUUUUUAUGACACAUUUGCAUCGGCCACAAAUAAUAGAAACUGCCGCUGUUUUUGUUGUUCACCGUGAAUUACCUAUUAAAUUUAACCACAAUGUGCUUCCCUCUUAUCUCCGAAUGACCAUUUUAGCAAGUUUGUUGCAACUGCUGUUAAGAUGUAUUUUGCAUAACAAUCUAAGAGAUAACACUUGCUUAAAUGCGAGAAUUGCUUAAGGGGCUAAGCACAUUAUGGUUAAUUGGAUACAAGUGCAAAUAUAUUAAGUGAUUAGUGAUGCAGAUUUGCAGAUUUUUUUUAAUGACUGAACUUGUUGUGGACCAAAAAAAAAACAAAAAACAGAACACUGGCUAAAUGAAUGAACAAACAGUGACAGGAGAUCUUAUAUCUGAGACAGUUAUGAGUUAUGACGAUGACAUUUGAUUUUUUAAGAGAUCCCUAUGUUAUGUUUUUUUUAAUUGUCGUUUUUUUCAUCAGCAAGAUAAACGUCUGCUUAAAAGUUUGACGUGUCACAUGUAGGAUGGAAACGGUCUUUUGCCUGCCUUUUUCUACAUGUUGUUUUACGGUUUUAAAUGAAUGAUUUUUUCACAUUGCUGGAGCUCAAACUCAGAUUAUAAUAAAAAAUAAUGGUGUUUAAAACGUUUUGGAGAGGCCUGUGAAACGGCAAUUAAUUUUUCUCCCCUUUCUGAUUCUUACACGUGAACUGCUACAACUAUAACAAUGCCAGGAAAUCUACUGAUAGAAGUUUCUAUUAUAACGUCUUCCAGUUUUAAUUUUUAGAUGUGGUUUAUAGUGAUUGUUAUCUUUGGACAAAAUAGUGAGGGAGAAAGGCCCAUGAGUCUGGCUUUUAAGCAACAUUUUUACCUUUAGUAUUAAAUAAGCUUUGCACCUUUGUUUAGAUUGGCACCUUUUUAAUGCAUAAUGCUUUAUUUUAAACCCUGUGUGAAUAGCCCCCUGGAUCAAAUGGGUCUUUUCUUUGAAUUGAUCUCUCUGAACGUUUUCCCAAAUUUAUAAAAGUAUUAAUUGGUAAAUAACUUUUUUUGUAUUUGUGGUUCAGAAUUUUGAAUAUUUAAAUGUAAAUUAAAUAAGGAAGAAAAAAGAAACAAAGGUAGGAUUCCAUUUCCCUGUCAGCUUCUGAUAUUGAAAAUGUAUUCUAUCUUCGGCUACCGGUGCAGACAGUUCAUUUUUUUCCUCCAUGAAUUUUUGCUCUUCUGAACAUGGUAUUAUCUACAUUUUGACCAAAUGGCAAGCAGACGAACAUUUAAAGAUGAGAAUUUUACCAUGUCCGCCCUUUUUAGAUAUUUAAUACAGAGGUAAUUUGAUUUAUGUAUUAUUAUUAUUUGAAAUAGAGAUGAGAUGAACGCCCAGGGGUUUCAGAUUGUAAACUUGUGUUCUUUUUCUUAACGUUAUUUAUUUUUAGCACAAGCUAAACUGAUUAAAUCUAAUGGCUGGUGUUUUUACCUUUACAUAUAAAUACAUAGCUGUGUAAAGUUUGGGUGCAGCAGCACCAGUUGUGGUUAACAUUUGGUUCAGGGAGUCAAAUUUAGUCUGUUCUGUUUCGAUGCCCCCAAAACAUAUUUCUAAAACGGCCGCAAGUAAAACACUUUAAAAGCUCAAGUCUGCACUAGCAGGGAAUUGGAAUCACACUAUUUUGGUGUUAGCCGCAGGACAGACGGACCAGGCACUGAACCUGCCUUUACACUACCCCGUUGAGCACGGACGUCAAGCUCAAGUCCUGGAAGGCCACAGUGUCUGCAGGAAUUUAGAGUUUCAUUCCAUUCAGCAGAAAAUGAAGGCCUUGAGAACCAGGUGUGUGGAUUCUUUAGCCAAUCAAACACUGGUGCUGAAGUGCACCGGAAGCCAGCACACACUGUGGCCUCCUGGGUAGUAUCCUGAGACCAGUGCCCAUGGAAACCAUGCUCAAAAUAUGUACAAAUGAAUGCUUAGUAGCAUAUCUGAUUAAGUCAAAUGAUGGAAAGAUUAUGUUUCAAAACUGAUGCAAGACCUCGAAAAUCAUCUUCCAAUUCCUAAUAACUACCUGUGAAUUAUCCUGGCUUGUUUAUAACUUACACAUGUUGCUCAUUGUUUUCAUGACACGAUGCUAUAUAUCCAUGAAGCUGCAUUGACAUACUGUAGGUGGUAUAGAAAGCAUGCUUUUAUUUUUUUCCUCUUGUAAACCUGACAGUACUCCUGUCUUAUGGACCUAAAUGUCCUAUUCAUGUUUGUUGGUGCAUUGAAUAGUAUUCAGAAGAAAGAAUAAACGUACCAUUUCAAAGCUCACAUUACAGUAAAAAUAUAUUUUAACUUUUUUUUUUUUUUUGCUUUGACACUUCUUAAGAGAUUCUUUCAGUGUGUCAUUUUAAAUUUGAGUGAUGUGUAUUUCGAACAUUCCAGCUGCAAGACAUUCUGUGAAUUAUAAUGUUUAUGAAUGGACCUAGAUUGUAUCUCCCUCCACCCCACUGCCAUGGCGAUAGAUCGUUAAGUGGAGUGAGCAGUGAGCUUAUUUGAUAUGUGCUGCUCGUUGGAACAUAAUGCUUCCCUCACGAUGACCUUUGUGAGAUAUUGCAGAAACUGCAUUUUCUUGCGUAUUCAGCUGUAUGAACUGUACAUUGUUACUAUUGAUAUUAUUCCAGUUACCAUUUCUUCUCAUUGUCUUUGCCAUUCCCGUGUAUAGUGUUGUGGUUCUUUUAAGUUGUUAAUGAUAGCAGUGCUACUAGCAAUAUACAAAAUCUCCUGUGGGUGGAAAUGAGGCUAUAACUGCAAGAUACUGGGGAUUUUUUCCCAAUCAUUGCUGCCAGCGAUUUGAUAAACAACAUUUUCUUUUUAUACCCAGCCUAUUUGAUCUUAAUAAAUCUCUUCUACAUGGAAGAAGUUGUCAAUGGAGUACUAAUAGCAUUUCAGAAACACUGAACCGUACCUUAAACAUUGUGUAACUUGUGUUAUUGUAAGAGGAAUGUAUCCAAUAUGCAAUCAAUGUCAGUCACAAUCAACACUUGUUGGGGUAACAAAGAUAUUUAAAUAGCAUUGUAAAUGUUUUUUUUCCCCUUUUCUUUUUCAUAUUUCACUCUCCUGUUCUCUUGGUUUAUCAUAUAUGUGCCUCGUGGAGGUACCUGCAGAAAAAAAAGAUGUCAUUUUGGCCUGGAGUGUUUUUUUCUCGCUUAAAUGAACGGUUGAAUUAAAUGAUUGUCUGGCCAGUGGUCCUUGAGGAGCAGCUGCUUUGCGUAUGAUGGGACCGAACCCUGGCUUUCAGUGUGUGCGCACCUGUUGGUAAUUCUUCACUAUUUGCCUCUUGUGUCCAGUAGUAUGCAUCUUGCUGACAUGUGGACCUUUUUUUUUUUUCUUGCUUUUCAUUUUUCCCUGUGAAAUGUGACAGAGAAUGUUAUCUAGCAUGUGAAGGCCUAGGAUUAUUGUAGACAAAAAAAAAACUGAACAUGAAUGGUUUACCUGCAUUCAUUGAGUAUGUGAACGUGUAACUAUCUGAAUCAAGGGGUUUUAUUUUUGUUUCGUUUUUUAAAGGGAGUGUUUUCAUGUGUAACUAACCAUGUAGUCUUGUGCUCUAUCAAUUUUUUAGUGAGUGCAUUGUCUCAGGAUUAUAUUCAAGUGAGUUUAUCACAGGAGGAAUGCAGAUUUAAAUAUCCAGGAGUUGUUUGGUGUUGAUGAAUUUGACUCUCAGUGUACCGCAAGGCUUCGGCUACCUGCCUGGACCAGACAGUCUGGGGUUGUGGUUGUGCUUUCUACUGCACAAUGUCAGAAUAUAGCAUUAUGCAAAGCUGCCAUCUAAAAAGAGAAACCAGGGCAAGACACGAUAUGAAAGACUUAAUUCCAAAAUGGUUGACUGCACAAAGACUCCUCAUUUAAUAGAGCUUAAAUUUAGACAUUUAUUGAGGGAUACUUGAUAGGGUCUGGAGCAUGUGGCCGUUGAGGUCGGGUUGGGGGUCCACUGAAUGGAUUUCCAUGUUUACACAUUGUUUCAUUGAGUUUUUUUUCCAGUCAUUUUGUGGCCAGAGGGCACGGAUCGUUUUUAUUUUUGCUGUAACAUUUGCAUUUCUGGAUAGAAAGUUAUCAUGGAUGACAUCGAUUGUUGUUCCACAAACAGAAUGAUAUUUGGGAGGUCUGUUUCACUCCCCCCCAUCCUGAGACCAUCUCUCUUGACAGUGCGUCAGGUCACAGUUUUACCCUCUGAAACGCAGACAUUUAGACAGUCAAUCCAACCCCUUCAUCUGUGAUGUCUCUUCCAUUUAUAUACCUCAUGAGAAGGAGCUCUCGUUCUUGCUGUUUUUAUUUUUAUUUUUAAACUUUAUAAAAAACAGAUGUGUUCUUAUUUAUUCUACUGUUGCCUGCUUCCUGUUAUGUCCUACUGUAAGCUGAACUUAAGACGAAAGAAAUGCUGUCUGCUCCUCUUGCUCGGAGCACUCUCUGUCUUUCUGAUGGUUCACACUGAGGACCAAAUCGCAGAAUUUACCCUUACUCCUCCCCCGCCCCCAAAUUAUAUUUUUGAUGUAUUGAAAUGAGCUCUUCAACAAACGAAAAAAUAUGAUUUGAUACGUUGUUUCUUACCUUAAAAGAGAGAGCAAAAAAAUUAAAAAUCUCCCAUGUUUUAAUUGAUCCCUCGCACCCCUCUAAACAGAUUGUGUUUAGGGUCUGAGGUACAAGGAAUGAUUUGAGACAUGACUGUUUUCUAUUAUUUUUUAGGUAUGGUAACAUCAAAUUAUAGUUUUUGAAGAAGUUUUAAGAGUCAUUGCUCAAGCUAUCUUGAAUUGUCUGGUGAGGACUGCUAUGAUUUAACUUGUUAUUGUGAAACUUAAUAAUAAAAAAAAUUGAAUCAAA